AUGGAAUAUACAACUUUUGGAAUUGGUUUGAUGAUCGGACCUGAAAGUACAAUAUUUAAGUUUCCCUUGUCUAAUAGGUAUCCACUUGGACGUGUGAUUGGAGGAACUGUUUAUCCUGGACUAACAUUAACCGCAGGAUACUUGAAUUCUUUGAGUAUCCCUCUUUCUGUGGAAACUGUUUGUGUAUUUACUGCUCCUACAUUCUCGGUUUUUGCAGUUUGGGCAACAUACCUUUUAACAAAGGAAGUUAAGGGGGCUGGUGCUGGACUGACAGCUGCAGCUCUUUUGGCCAUUGUUCCAUCGUACAUAUCUCGUUCAGUGGCCGGUAGCUAUGACAACGAAUCUGUAGCCAUAUUUGCCUUGAUCUUCACUUUCUAUCUCUAUAUAAAGACACUGAAUACUGGUUCCCUCUUUUAUGCUACUCUCAAUGCCUUGGCAUACUUUUAUAUGAUAACCAUUUACUUCGUUUGCUCCUGGGGAGGGUAUACCUUUAUUAUCAACCUUAUUCCAAUGCACGUGCUCAUUUGCAUCAUAGCAGGGCAUUAUUCUCUGCGGCUUUAUAUUGCUUAUGUUCCUUUUGUUAUCUUGGGAACAUUAUUGGCCUCAUUGGUCACUGUCGUGGGUUUUAAUGCAGUAAUGACAUCAGAACACUUUGCUUCAUUUCUGGUGUUCAUACUGAUCAAUGUAGUGGGCCUAGUCCAUUACAUCAAAGGGAUUCUCUCACCAAAAAUGUUCAAAGUAGCUGUGACUCUUGUUGUAUCUGCUGGCUUGAUAUUUUGUUGUGCAGUAAUAGCUGUACUAAUUGCAGUUAUUUCUUCUAGACCAACAAAGGGAUGGAGUGGACGAAGCCUGAGCCUGCUUGAUCCAACUUAUGCCAGCAAGUAUAUACCCAUCAUUGCCAGUGUUAGCGAACAUCAACCACCUACUUGGCCUACUUACGUUAUGUACAUAAAUGUAUUAGCAUUCUUUGUCCCUGCCGGCAUUGCGUGCUUUUUGCCUCUAACUGAUACUAGCUCCUUUGUGGUUCUUUAUUUGGUGACUUCAGCAUAUUUUUCUGGUGUCAUGGUCCGCCUAAUGCUUGUGCUAGCACCAGCAGCAUGUAUAAUGUCUGGAAUCGCUCUUUCAGCAGCAUUUGAUGUUUUCACUCGGUCAAUCAAAUUUUCAUUGAUUGGUACAUCACAAAGUUCACAGGCUGAUGCAGGAAAUGCUGAUAAAAGUGAAGAACCACUAAAGGAAAGACCUUCACAAAUAAAGGAGGAGAAUGUGGAAAAAGCUCCUAUCAUUUCAGAACGCGAGAGGAGUCUAUUGACCUUACCUAUGGAGGCUUCUAUUAUUGCUAUUCUUUUACUAAUGCUGUUGGGUGCUUUUUAUGUGGCUCAUUGUGUUUGGAUGGCAGAAGCCUAUUCAACUCCGUCUAUUGUCGUAACAUCACAUUCAGAUGAUGGACUUGAUGUUUUUGAUGACUUUAGAGAAGCUUAUGCAUGGUUGAGCCACAAUACCGAUGUAGAUGAUAAAGUGGCAUCAUGGUGGGACUAUGGUUACCACGCAACAUCCAUGGCAAACAGAACAGUUAUUGUUGACAAUAACACAUGGAACAAUACACACAUUGCCCUUGUUGGUACAGCCAUGUCCUCCCCAGAAAAGGCAGCCUGGGAAAUCUUCAACUCUUUGGAUGUCAAAUAUGUUGUUAUAGUCUUUGGAGGUCUUAUUGGUUACCCCAGCGAUGACAUCAAUAAGUUCCUCUGGAUGGUCAGAGUAGGUGGAGGUGUAUUCCCUCAUAUCAGGGAACCAGAUUAUCUGAGAGAUGGUCGAUUUCGAAUAGACUCUAUGGCCACUCCAACAGCGCUGAACUGCCUCAUGUACAAACUAUCUUAUUACAGAUUUGUGGAGAUAGAUGGUAAGGGUUUUGACAGAGUAAGGCAGACUGAAAUUGGAAAGAAAUAUUUCAAGCUCGCUCACUUUGAGGAGGUGUUCACUACUCAGCACUGGAUGGUUCGGAUAUACAAACUAAAACCUCCUAAGAACAGAAUACGUGGAAAGACGAAAAGGUCUAAAUUGAAAACUAACUUGACUAGCUCCAAAAGAAGUGGAACACAAAAGAAGAAUCGUUGGUAGGGGUGGGCAUUCGGUAUUUUCAAAUUUCGGACUCGAUAAUUCGGUAAUUGGUAAUCGAAAGUAGAUACCAAAUAUCGAACCGAAAAAGUUCGGUUCGGUAAUCGGUAUAUCAAAAUUUGUUUCGCUACGGUAUUCGGUAAUACCAGAAGUUGGACAACAUAACUAAAAGCAAAUUCCAAAUCUUUCGGUCAAUAAUGCAAUUAGAUUUCUGCAAUUUGAAACUGUACAAAUAUGCCAUCAGAUUUCAAUAAUCAAAUGCAACUUUUU